GGUCUCGAGCCUGGUUCUACAGCUGCUCGGGUCGCUCCCUGCUGUCCCCGCGCUAGUGGGGGGCGUGGGGGGAGCAGCGGCGUCACGAAGCUGGGCCAGGGCGCUCCGACGGCGCCUCUGAUGCCCGGCGCCUGCUCGGUCCACCUUCCCCGCCGCCGCGGCCCCGCGGGGGUGCUCAGGGCCGAGGCCUGUGGCCCCCCGCCCCCGCUCCCCGAAGCAACCCCCGGAGACCCCAGAGCCUGCAUCCCCACGGGCCUGUGGAGGGGCAAAAGCAAAGUGCGCUACGUUUGCAAACUCAGCUGACCUGGAUUCGAAUUCUGUCCCUUCCCCCUCCCAGCCGGUUGACCUUGGGCUUCUUACUGGCCUCUAUGGCCCUCGGGUGAUACAUCCUUAAAAUGACCCCCGAGGACUCUUCCCAGGGAACUGACCAUAGCCCUUCCCACAGUUCUUCGGGACCGAGGCAGGAGAAUCACGGAAAAAACCCUUUUCUGGCUUAGCUGCUAAACCUCCUUCUCCGAGUCGGGGCUUAAGGGAAGCCUCCCGUCUCCUCCAUCCAGAGGCCCUCCAUGAGGCAGCAACCUAGAGCAUCCUACCCCAAUGCUGGAAGAAGAAGGAAUCUGUGGCAUUUAAAGAUGUGGAAAUGGACUUCACUCAGGAGGAGUGGGGGCAACUAGACCUUCCUAAGAAAGACCUGUACAAGGACCUAAUGUUGGAGAAGUACAGGAACCUUGUUUUGCUGGGGCUUCCAGUUUCUAAACCUGAUGUGAACUCUGAAUUGGAGCAAGGAGAAGACUCAUGGAUACCCAGGAAAGAAAUCCCAGGAAGCACCUGCUCAGACUGGGACACUGUACCUAAGUCCAAAGAAUCACCUCCAAAUCCUGACUUUUUUGAAGAUAACUCAAUUGUGCCUGAAGAAGCAAUAAUGGAAACACUUACAAGAACUGGUCCAGAGGACACCACAUUUCAAGACACCUGGGAAUGUGAUAACAGACUAAAGAGGCAGCAGGAAAACCAAGAGAGAGAUUUAAGGCAAGUAAAAAUCACUCACAAGAAACCUUCCCCUGGAGAGAGAGCUCAUGAAGGUAGUGAACUUGGGAGGAACUUUGGCCUGCGGUCAGUCCUUGUUACACAACAGAGAGUGCCUAUAGGAAAACGCCUCCUUAAAUAUAAUACACAUAGGAAGAAUUCAGACCCACUUAAACAUCAUCAGAUACAUGCCGGAGAAAAACCCUACACUUGUAAUGAUUGUGGAAAAGGUUUCAGUUACUGCUCAUCCCUUUCUCAGCAUCAGAAAAGUCAUACUGGAGAGAAACCAUAUGAAUGUAAUGAAUGUGGAAAAGCCUUCAGCCAGAGCUCAUCCCUUGUUCAGCAUCAGAGAAUUCAUACUGGAGAGAAACCCUAUAAAUGUAAUGAAUGUGGAAAAGCUUUCAGUCAGAAUGCAAACCUCACAAAACAUCAGAGAACUCAUACUGGAGAGAAACCUUAUAAAUGUAAUGAAUGUGAGAGAGCCUUCAGUGACUGUUCAGCCCUCAUUCAACAUCAGAGAAUUCAUACUGGAGAGAAACCCUAUGAAUGUAAUGAAUGUGGAAAAGCCUUCCGCCACAGUGCAAAUCUCACAAACCAUCAAAGAACUCAUACUGGAGAAAAACCUUAUAAAUGUAUUCAGUGUGGAAAAUCCUUUGGUUAUUGUGCAGCCUUUAUUCAGCAUCAGAGAAUUCACACUGGAGAGAAACCCUAUAAAUGUAAUGAAUGUGGGAAGGCCUUCAGUCAGAGUGCAAAUCUCACAAACCAUCAGAGAAUUCAUACUGGAGAGAAACCCUAUAAGUGUAAUGAAUGUGGGAAAGACUUCAGCCAGAGUACAAACCUCAUAAUCCAUCAGAAAAUUCAUACUGGAGAGAAACCUUAUGAAUGUAAUGAAUGUGGGAAAGCCUUCAGUGAUAGCUCAGCCCUUAUUAGACAUCAUGUCAUUCAUACUGGAGAGAAACCCUAUGAAUGUAAUGAAUGUGGGAAAGCUUUCAAUCAGAGCUCAUCUCUUACUCAGCAUCAGCGAACUCAUACUGGAGAAAAACCCUAUAAAUGUAAGGAGUGUGGAAAAGCUUUCAGGUGUAGUUCAGCCUUCAUCAGACAUCAAAGACUCCAUACGGGAGAGUAAACACAGGACUGUAAUGAAAGCAGGGAAUUUUUGAGUCACAUAUUUUUUCUUUUUUUUUUAAAACAGUGGUCUGUUGUUAGGAAGAAGAGACUCUAUAAGGGAUUGCAAACUACUUGAGGUCAGGCUACUGUUAGAGAUUUUUCCUUUUACAACACCUAGGCCAGGGCCACAUAACAGAGGCUCAUUGAUUUAAUAAAUGCUUGUUGAUUUAA